AUGGUGAUGUCGUUCAAGCCAUCGGCAACGCUCCGGCGUCGAAGACCCGAGGGCGUCAAAGUAAAGGACAAACGCGUCAGCUGCAUCAUUCCCAGAACUCUCAGCGCAAGGACGGAGCGCAAAGACUGCGCUGCUAUCGCGUUUCACAAGCGUUGCAACAGCUGUGGCAAGGUUGGUCACUACGCCACAGUUUGUCGAGCGUCGAAGACACCGACGAAAGUACAGGAGCUUUCUACAGAGGAGGAUGAAGUUCUAAAUGUCGUGGUACCUUCAAAGGAAGGGCAAGGUCUCUUCAUCGAAGCGCGUCUUGAAACUGUACCGGUAAAGUUCUUAAUUGAUACGGGAUCGUCAGUAUCCAUUCUGCAAGAAGAUCUCUUCAGGAGACGUUUCGCUCAUCGUUUCACUCUGGUUCCACCACGUACUGCUUUAGUGGAUUACUCAAGACGGAAGAUUGAUGUAACGGGGAGCUUCGAGGCUGCCGUCACUUACGAAAACAAGCACCAUGCUGUUCGCUUUUUUGUAGUUUCCAGAGGAACAACGUUAUUGGGACUUGACGCCAUCCAAGGACUCUGCAUACAUAUUGAAGGUGGAACACUCAGCUGCUAUGAAACGUCCUUCGCUUCAUCAAUGCUACCAGACUCACUUGCGCAGGACUUCUCAAAGCUAUUUUCAACAGAGCUGGGUUUGGCUAACGGAUUUACCCACAAGGUGAAAGUUCGUCAAGAUGCCCCACCCGUAAUUGCUAAACUACGUCGACUUACAUUAGCAGUUCGCGACGCUGUUACGGAAGAGCUGCGUCGCCUUGAAAAGGAAGACAUAAUAGAACGGGUUGAGGCGUCUGAAUGGGUUUCCCCCAUUGUAGUAAUUCCAAAAAAGGAUGGAAAGAUUCGCCUUUGUGUGGACCUUCGUGAGGUGAACAAAGCCAUCAUACCAGACCUGUUCCCUCUUCCACAUACAGAAGAGCUGCUGAAUGCGCUAGCAGGAGCUCAGUACUUCUCUCGAAUCGAUUUAAGGUCAGCGUACCAUCAAGUCCUUCUGCAUCCUGAAAGUAGCAGCUUGACCACAUUUAUUACCCAUGAUGGACUCUACAGAUUCAAACGGGUCUGCUUCGGACUUUCAUCUGCGCCCGCCAUGUUUCAAAGAAUGAUGUCUUUGAUACUCAAGGAUUGCUCCGGAGUAUCAUGUUACAUCGACGACAUCAUUGUGUUUGGGAGACACAAAGCUGAACAUCAAGAAAAUCUUUGA